AUGACCGCGACUAAGCCACCAGGACCCAGUGAAACCGAGUAUCCGCCCACCUACACACAGUCGCACAUUGCCCAAACCCGGCCGCUCAUGGCGCAGCGCCAGGCGCUCCCGAUUGUGCAGAGGCUGAGCAGUUCUGAGAAGACCACGCAGACACCCUUCUACUGGCCAUUUGGCAAACGCAAGAUUGCGCAGGCUGCCGAGACGCUCAUCUACGGGGGACUGGCAAGUCCUGGGGAGCUGCCGCUGCUGCCGCUUAUUUUCAAGUGGAUGCAAACACCGGAUCAUGUUGCGUGCGGGGCGGGGAAUCAGGGUCUGACGAUUGUCCAGUACCUGGGCAGUAGGCUGGAUCUCGGAAGCCGCGCAAUGGCGAAUCCGGGGGUUUUGUUUGUGCUGUUGGAUGAUCUGACGGCACGCACGUCGCUGCUGGCGGCUCCGCCGGGCAUGACGACGUUUACAGCUAGCUUUGAGCUCGAGUUCAAGCGGCAGGAGCCGGUGGAGCGGUUUGUGGUGUUGGAUGCAUGGGUUACGGGGGUCGAGGGGCGCAAGGUGUUUGUUGAGGCAAGCGCCGUGGAUGCGGAAUCAGGGGAGGCUAUUGUCCAGGGCAAGGCGCUGUUUGUUGCGGUGCAGGCAAAGAAAUAG